AGAAAACAAAAGAACAAAGAAAAAACCUCUCAGACUCUUCGUCUCAAGAACAUAAAGAGAAUCAAAAGAAGAUUCAAGAAGAACCAAACAGAGAGUUUCAAGAUUCCUCUGCUUGAGAAUAAACCUGUUCCAAGUGCCAAAACGUAUAUUCAAGGUCAGAAUCUCUGUUCCGUUGAAUGGGUGUAUCAUUCUCCUGUCAGUUCGAGCAAGACGACGUGGAAGCCGCUCUAGACUCCGUCACGGUCAAGUCCAUAAGCUUCGGCGAUGACGACGAGUGCAAGACUCCAAAGAGAUCUGUAAAUUUCAGUGAAGGGACUCUAGAGCCGACCAUCUUGAAAUCCAUGGGAUCGGGUGGUAAGAUGGUCGUUGAGAAGUCCGUUAGCUUCAAAGGGAUGCAGCUGGAGAGAAUGAUCUCGCUCAAGAGGUCGCUCUUGAAAGAAAAAGACAAUGCUGGGAUGAUAGCUAGAGAGCUCUCGGUUCUUGAUCCGAGGAACCCUAAACACGAAGCUGCUAUUAAGUUACAGAAAGUUUACAAAAGCUUCCGUACCAGGCGAAAGCUGGCUGAUUGUGCAGUACUUGUGGAACAAAGCUGGUGGAAGCUUUUGGAUUUUGCUGAGUUGAAGAGAAGUUCUAUAUCUUUCUUUGAUAUUGAGAAGCACGAGACCGCGAUUUCAAGGUGGUCUAGAGCUAGGACUAGAGCAGCUAAGGUUGGUAAAGGUUUGUCCAAGAAUGGAAAGGCACAAAAGCUUGCUCUACAACAUUGGCUUGAAGCGAUUGACCCGAGACAUCGGUAUGGACACAACUUGCACUUUUACUACAACAAGUGGCUUCAUUGUCAGAGUAGAGAACCAUUCUUCUACUGGCUUGAUAUUGGAGAGGGGAAAGAAGUAAACCUUGUGGAGAAAUGUCCUAGAUCCAAACUUCAGCAACAGUGCAUCAAGUACCUUGGUCCGAUGGAAAGGAAAGCUUAUGAGGUUGUUGUGGAAGACGGCAAGUUCUUCUACAAGAACACCGGAGAAAUGCUUCAUACUUCUUCAUUGGAAGAUAGUGAUUCCAAAUGGAUAUUUGUGCUCAGCACGUCGAAAGUGUUGUAUGUUGGGAAGAAGAAAAAGGGUACGUUUCAACAUUCAAGCUUCUUAGCUGGAGGAGCUACCGUUGCUGCAGGAAGAUUAGUUGUUGAGGAUGGUGUUCUCAAGGCUGUGUGGCCACAUAGUGGACAUUAUCAACCUACCGAAGAGAACUUCUUGGACUUCUUGUCUUUCCUUAGAGAGAAUGAUGUUGAUAUCACUGAUGUAAAGAUGAGUCCAACAGAUGAAGAUGAAUUCUCCAUGUACAAACAGAGAAGCACUCAUAUGAGAAACCAUUCUUUGGAAGAGGAUUUGGAGGCUGAGAAGACUGUGAUGGCUGAUCCAAGAGAGGAAGAAACAACUCCAGUGAUGAAUAAUAUCGAAACACCGAAGAAGAUGGAGUCUUUGAGUAUAUUUGGGGAUGAAACACAAUCCAAAGUAACUGAAGACUAUGAUUCAGGUGAUGAUGAAGAGGAGGAAGAGGAAGAGAUUUUUGAGUUAGAACAAGAAUCAAUGCCUUCAGAGGAAACCUCACCCAAAGGAGAAGAGGAAACCAAAGAGAGUGAAGAAGUAGUCAAUAUUCCAGAAGAAUCAAUCCUAAAAAGGAUAAAUUCAAAGAAGGAAACUAAAUCUUUCCAACUUGGGAAACAACUAUCAUGCAAAUGGACAACGGGUGCAGGACCAAGGAUCGGUUGUGUAAGAGAUUACCCAUCAGAGCUUCAGUUUCAAGCACUGGAACAAGUUAACUUGUCUCCAAGAUGUGGUUCUGUUUCAAGACUUUGUUUCUCCUCAUCGUCUCAAACGCAAACGCCUCAGAUGUCACCGUUAUGGAAAUCAUUACCUGGGGAUAUCACAGAUUCAUAACUGAUGAUUUUAUUUUCUUAUUACACAAUAAGUUCUUUCGGUCCUAUCUAUUCUUUUUGUGUGAAUAGAGAAGAUGAUGACUUAGAAAUUCUUUUGUAUUAUUUUCUUCACCUUUUAGUGUAACAGAGCAGAAUU